AUGUUGGCAGGUGUGUGUGGAAUUGGCGCAGCAGUCGCUCUCAUCGCGACUGGCGUCGGCGCAGCAGCGGGUUUUGGUGUGGCGGUUAAGACAGUAGCCGUUGUUGGCGCAACAACUGCUGUCGUCGGCGGUGCUGGAGCCGCAAUUGCACAUGCGAGCGAGAAAGUCACUGACUUUGGCAAAGUGAUGGAGAACUUGAAAGAGAUGCGAAAGUGUUUGGUGGCAAUCGAACAACAGCAGGCUGUUGUCAAGGGCAAACAUGGAUGGUUAAGCGCUGCCGGCGAGCGUGAUCCUGAACAAGAAAAAAGGAUCGUCAGCGACAUGAAGGCGGAAUUCACCGAUGCUCUGAAUAAGACACAAGUUGAAGUGGACAAAGGCUUUAACAUCAUCAAGUUCUAA